CUCUACUCGUAUCAAUCAACACAUUCUUGUCCCUUAUCCCAUUAAUAUUUACACCUUCCUCAUCUUAUCACCGAUAAACCCACAUUCCAGAUUCCAGAUCCCAAAAAACCAACCCACCACACCCACACCCACACCCAUGGCCUCAUCAUCCACGACACACCGUCUCCUCCGCGAACUAAAAGACUACACCAACUCCCCCAACGAAGCCCUCCUGCAUCUCGGUCCCGUGGACGAAGAUGAUCUCCUCCACUGGGAAGCCGUCCUAAAAGGCGUAAAAGGCACUCCAUACGAAGGCGGCCUCUGGUCCCUCAAAAUCCUCAUCCCACCAAACUACCCCCUCUCCCCACCCACCAUAACAUUCAAAACCCGGAUCAGCCAUCCAAACAUCUCCUUCACGACAGGGGAAAUCUGUCUCACGCUGCUGACCACCGAACACUGGAGUCCUGUUUAUACAUUGUCGAGUACGUUGACGGCGAUCCAUCAGUUGUUGACGGAUCCGAGACCGGAUUCGCCGCUUAAUGUGGAUGUUGCGGCUUUGCUGAGGGAUGGGGAUUUGGUGGGGUGGGAGAGCUGUGUUAGGUUUUGGACGGGGGAGGAGAGGUGGGUUCCUCAGGGUCAGGGUCAGGGUCAGGGUUAUGUUUAGGGUUGUUUGGGGGGAGGGGGUGUUAUAUAUGGGGUUGUGGAUAGAUGGAUACCCUUGUUGUGAGAAGUGGGAAGUGCUGAGUAUGGGGUUUGGUUAUUGGUUUGGUUUGGGAUGUAGCCUCGUGAGAAGUAGUUUCAUCAUUGGUAGUUCACAGGUAAUAUUUCAUAUUUCACUUCAAGUGAAGUGAAGUGUCUAAUAUGCAC